CUGUGACUCCACUUUCGGCCUCCCUGCGUUUUCCAGCGAUGGUGUCUCCAUGGGAUCAAAACUUCAGCGUCACAGCUGGGUACUGGCUUCGUGGUCCCUGAUGGGAGAGCAUGAACAGGUGCCCUAGGGAGGUAGAAACUGGAGGGCCAGGAUUUCAACAUCAUCCUUGGCUACGCGAGUUGGAGACGUGUCUGAGAGCCCCUCCCAUUCCCUUCCACAGCGACCCUCUUUUGGCCGGCCUACCCCGGGACCCUGACUACUGUGUCUCUCAUCUCUACUCAUCUCCUUCACUCUCCAUCACAUCUUGGCCUGCCAACGAGAAGAGGGGGUCCUCCUCAGACAGGGCUUUGGACUGUACAACCUGCUGGUCCAGGACCUGGGAGCCCGAGAUCGUGAAUGCUGCUUCAGAACAAGCAGCGAGGACUGUAGGCUGGGACCCUGAGUGGGACUCCAAGUGUCGGCCUCAUGAGGGUACCUCCAGUUCCAGCUCAGACCUGCCCAAGGAGCAUAGUCCUGGCCAGGACCUUGUGAAGAGAAACCACACAACCAAGAAGUCCCUGGAGUCUGGCUCUGCUAAAGUAAAAGUUAAGAACACCAUGCUAGUCCCUGACUCUCAGAAGCUCUUGCGAUGUGAACUAGAGUCUCUCAGGACCCAAUUGCAGGCUCAGACCAAGGCUUUUGAGUUCCUGAACCACUCUGUGACCAUGCUGGAGAAAGAGAGCUGCCUGCAGCAGAUCAAAAUCCAGCAGCUUGAAGAAGUGUUGAGCCCUACAAGCCGCCAAGGAGAGAAGGAAGACCGUAAGUGGGGCACCGAGCAGGGUCGGCAGGAGCUGUAUGGGGCCCUGGCCCAAGGCCUGCAGGGUUUACAAAAGACACUGAGGGACGGUGAGGAGCUGCAAAGGGCCCGUACCACUCGCUGCCUACAGUUGUUGGCCCAGGAGAUCCGGGACAGCAAGAAGUUCCUGUGGGAGGAACUGGAGCUCGUGCGGGAAGAAGUGACUUUCCUCUAUCAGAAGCUCCAGGCCCAGGAGGAUGAGAUCUCAGCAAACCUCUUGAAUAUCCAGAAAAUGCAGAAAACACAGGUGAAGUGCCGAAAGGUUCUGACCAAGAUGAAGCAGCAGGCGUACGAACCAUCUUCAUGGCCAGAAACUGAGGAGGUGCCUGCAGAAGGCAAUGGCAGCUGGAAGGAUGACUUACAGAAGGAGCUGAGUGACAUAUGGUCUGCAGUCCACAGCCUGCAGAGCUCCAUCGACUGCCUUGCCUCAUCCGUGGGCACCAGGCCCAGGGCCUCCAGUCUCAGGGGCCACAAGGGACAGCGGUGCCCGAGUUCUCAGUAUCCUUCUUGGGACUCCGAUUCUGACUGGGAGAGACCUUACAGCAAGAGUGGAUCUCACCCUCCCGGUACAGACCCUCCUCAGCCCCUCUCCUUAACGUCUGGCCCCCUUGUGAUUCCUACAGUGUAGGCCUUGAGGCUGACACUCUGUCUGGGCAUCUGGUCCUUGACUGGCAGCCCUGAGUUCUCCCAAUCAAAGCUAGACUGUGACCUACCUUCUCUCCCCAUAGCUUGAGCAGCUGGGACUGCUUGCCCUGAAGACUUCUCCAGAGAGAAAAUAAACUAGCUGAGACCUUC